UUGUGUACGCGCACGCUCAGCGUGAGUCAAUUUCUUGCUCCACAGUUUCCUAUUUAUAACCGAGACUCUCCUAUAGGUCAAGGCAUUCAGUUUUACAGUUCAGGCUCGCACCAUCACAUUUCACUAGUUGGUGAUCUUAACAGAAAGACACUCAAUGGUUUAUGUCUCGAUACCCUUGGCUUCCUAGGAAGUGCAUCAAUCGAUGUAAAUCGAGUCGUUGGAGGAGUUUGUGAACUCCAACCUAUCACGCCUAUGCUUCUUACCGGAAAGGAAUCUGAGAGACGUGCAACAUCCCUAUAUUCAACCGGCCCGGAUAAAACUCUAAUCGUACCUGUUCAAACUACCACUGCUACUCAGAGUCUAAAAUGCACUCCUACACAUGGAUUUAUAAGACUGGGCAGUGAUCUUCCCCGAAUCCCACAACGAGUCCUAUUUUUAUUUUUGAAUACCGACACCAACUCCCUGAGUCCUGUUCGGAUAUCACCUUGUCAAAUCUCUGAGACAAUCAAUAAUUCAGAAAAAAAAUCACAAUUCCUCUCUGCUAACCACCCAGUUAAUAAUGACGGAAGUAUGUCUCAAACUCGAAGCCUACAUGUACGUCUGCGUCAAUCCGUUCCUGAAAAAUUUCAAACGUCCUGGACAUUACUCCAGUUAAGUAUACUUUUCCUCAUGUUAACUUUGCUGCCCACCACGCAAUCCGCCAGUCUUGGACUAUCCCACACAAAACAAAGCGCUUCCUUGAGAUCCCCGCCUCCUUAUUACGAUCCAGGAAGCACACCACGUGACAACGAAAACAGUCCUCCUGACGAUCAGACUAUAAAGAUACGCACAAGAGAUGUGGCCCCUUCCCCUCUCACGGCAAACCAGGAGGGUGCACCCAUCGACCCCAUGUUCUAUAAUGCUCCCGCGCUUGGCCCUAACGCACAACGCACCCCUUAUUCGCCAGUGUUUAUCCCAAACUAUAAUUACUACACAAUGUAUGGUGGGGGGUGGGGUUAUCCCGAAACGAGGCUGCUGAGCUAUGGCAGCGCCUAUGUGCCGCCUCCACCGCCACAAUGGCCACAGCAACAAUAUUAUCCGAGACCUCCUGGAAACCAGCGUCGGAAACCAAGCGGACGGAGACGAAAGGACAAGUCAAAAGGCGAUAAGUGCCCAAAAGUCUGUGACUCUUGCAUCAAGCAAUAUGACAAUGGAGGUUUAUCAUUUUCAGACGCCGAUACCAACACCGAAAGGGCUGCUCUCCAAAGACGUUUUUCUCAGCAUGUUAAACCAUCUAUGAGACACAAGGAUUCGGUCCAGGCCUUAUUCAAGUACAUGGAUGGUAAUAGUAAGUUCUAG